AUGAGAGCGCGCGCAGCUGGUCUGAGAAAAGACGCCAACCUCCCGAGGCACUUGCUGUCGACGUUCAACAAAGAGGAUGCCACGAAGAUCGAGUCAAAAUCCAAAACGGAGGCUUCAAUAGACGACCUGCCGGCUUCAAGCGAUGACGAAGAAUUGAGCGAGUUGAGCUCUGCCGAUAUUGACUAUGACGAGUCUGGAAUGCAGGACCAAAAACAGCCACAAUCAGAAUUGCGAGAACCAGAACCCAGACCUAAGGAUGACAACGAACCUGCGACUGAAGACGAGCCGGUCAGCUCUAGCGAGGACGAAAUCAUUGACGAGGAUGUCGACUUUCAGAAACCAAGGAAGAGGACACUAGAGACGUACGAGGAGAAAAAGCUUCGGAGAGGAGACAGAGGCGGGCUGGGUGACAAUGAUGAGCCGUUUGCGAUGUGGUCCUCUCAGAGCUCCAAACGAGCCAAAACCAACAAGUACGGGUCAUCGGCCUCAUUUUCUCGAACGCCUAGCUAUGUUCGCUCGCCCACUACUCCCGAUAAAAGCUCCCCCCGGGUCAAAUCACAGACUCCCAAAGCGCAGGGCAAGAAGGCGAUCAAAAAGUAUACGUCCAACUCACAGCCGGACCAUGACUUUGCUGUCCCAAAGGAAAUUCAUACUUCUUGUCCGAGGAUAUCCGAAUCAUCGCCUGGAUCCAAGAUCACUCCUACCAACCCCGUCAGUUCCAUCUCAAAUUCAACUCUAGCAGCCUCAUCCUUCCAGGAACCGCUGUCUAUGGACCUGGAUGGCGAGGAUUCGCCCCUUUCGUCCCUCAGUUCCCCACCAAGCUCUCUGCCCUCCGAAAACGAAGAACCAACCCAAGCGUUAUGCCCAAUGUGCAAGCAAGAAGUCGACCCCAAACUACUCAAGGCAUUCCGUGCUCAACCAAAGCAACGGGUUCGAGAGCAGCAACAAUUCUGUGCAUCACAUCAACAACAUACGGCUGAAAAGGAAUGGGAGUCACAAGGAUAUCCUACCAUUGAUUGGGAUUCCUUCGAGGAGCGGGUCCAGAAGCACUUCCCUGCACUUGAAAAGCUUCUCGUCCCGGACUGUUCCUCUUAUUAUCGUAACAUUCUGGAUUCGGCGCUGAAGAGUGGCAAAGCGCAAAACUUCCGCCUGACUCUGACCGGUGAUGGUCUUGAGACGAUGUCCUGUGGUUAUUAUGGCACGAAAGGAUCUGGGAAGAUGCUGCAAGUUCUCACUGACCGUUUCGCCGUGAAAUUACGCCGCUUGGCCACGUCCGACCGCAUUGUUAAGCAGGCAGGCGUGGUCGGCUACGCCCAGUCUGUCUUGGUUCCCGAAUUGGCAGUCCGCCUUGUAAAGGAGGACAUGGGAGUUGAUGAUGAUGCCGCUCGUCAAAUUCUCCGAGAGAGUAUUUCCCUCGGCGAGAAGCUAAACCCCGCACUGGAUGAUGAAGUACCGAUUCCCGAGGAUCUUGCAGAGCCCUUUGAAGACGAAUAUUGA